CACGACAUCAUCGUCCGUCUACUCUGCAUCGCCCACCUCGAACGCGAGUCAAUCAGUCCCAUCACACAAGCGCAGGACGCCUGAACGCCAGCCAGACUGGACAACCCUAGCCCAUACACACCAACCCACACGCAUGGAGCAGGCGCCAGCCCUCACAAUGUCGGACAAGACGCAGCCUCCUACUCGGGAGGCGACUCCGGGCCCCACGGCCGACGCCGCAGCGGCGGCCAAGCCUGCCGAUGCCGCCGCUGCGACUGAUGCUGCGCCGGCGACGGACGGUGGUGACGCGGCCACCACCGCUGCGCGCUCAUCCGCGGACACGAUCCGACCGGCGGAAGGCGCUGCGCCACGUACCCCGCUGAAUGGGCUCUAUUCCGGGUCCCUGGAGGAGGAGGUCGGACAGGUCAUGAAGGGCCUUGGGAGCUUUUGGGGCGGUCUGAAGAAGAAGUCGUGGUCCACCUACACGACGCUGAAAGAGGACGCCGAGAAGACGAUCGGGCAGCUGCAAGAAGAGGCCAAGCAGCUGUCCAAUACCAAGGUGGAGAUUGUGGCAAAGGACGAGGCCGAGUGGGAGGCUGAGCAGGCCGAAGAGGCCGAGAAGAAGCGGAUCAAGGCUGAGGUCGAGCGCGCACAGCGCGAGGCCGAGGCCGCCGUCAAGGACAAGGGCAAGGGCAAGGAGGUCGACGCGCCCUCCUCUCCCACCCGCACGACAGCCAUCCUUGACCGCCUCUCGACGUCCACUACGCAGUUCCAGUCGACUUUCCAGACGACAAUCAACAACACGCUCGCGGCGGCCAAGGCGAACCCCGCACUCGCCGACCCGGCGGCGCUGCGCGCCAAGCUCGCCGAGAACCUGCAUCUCUCCAGCGCGAGAGAAAACCUCACCCUUUCGUUCCAGCAGGCAGAGAAGCUCGCAGAGGAGUACCUCAAGAAGGGCGGAGCGCUGGUCAAGGACGUGCAGACAAAGGGCGGCGAGCUCGUCAAGGACGUGCAGACCAAGGGUGAGACGUGGGUCAAGGACGCCGAGCAGUGGGUCGAGGAGAACGUCAAGCUCGUCGCGCCGCCGGAAGAAGGCCAGACCUUUGUCUCCAUGGGCGGAUGGGACGGCGGCGACUUCUACUCGUUCUCGACAAGCUCGCCGACGACCGAGACGGAGAGCCGCACCCCGCGCGCGAGCCUGUCCUCGGCCGCGAUCGCCGGCUCGCGCAAGGAGGCGCUCCUCCGCCGUCUCCGCGAGGACAAGGACCUGCUCAUGGUCGACCCUGCUGGCGAGGCAGAGACGCAGGAGAGACGCGACGAGUUCGCCAACUGGGUCAGGGACAGCUGGCCGACGGCGCAGACGGCGGGCCGCGAGGCCGAGGAGGUCCACGUCCGCGCUAUCCGCAUGGCCCUCGUGCCCGAGGUGCUUGCCGACGAGCAGUUCUGGCAGAGGUACCUCUUCCACCGGGACAUGAUCGAGGCGGCCGACACGAAGCGCAAGCUGCUGCUGCAGGCCUCGCAGGAGCAGGAGUCCAACGACGACUUCAACUGGGACGACGAGGACGACGACGACGAGUCCAAGGCGUCCGAGAAGGAGAAGCCCGCGCGCCCCGAGAGCGCCACGCCGACCGACAAGGGCGCCAAGACGCCCGCUGCUGCUGCUGCUGCGGCGGCGGACACGCCCGUUGCCGCCAAGGCCGCCGUGCCCGCCGCCGUUGUGCCCGCCGCCCCCGCGUCCAAGUCGUCGGCCGGCACCUCGCCUCGCGACUCGGAGGAGAGCUUUGACGUCGUGUCGGACCCGCGGACGGCGACGGCCACCGAGGACGAUGACGACUCGGACUGGGAGUAGCCAGCCACUGAACACUUUUUCUUCAUUCCAGCCGCAGGCAGCUGCUGUAGAUAUUGUUCCAUAUCAUUUGUUUGCAGAUGUAUUAAGUAUUGUA